GCAACGUUGGUUUUUGUUUCUGGAAAAAGCGAAGGAUCCCGCCCUUGCACUCCGCGGCUUAUUUUUUUGAAGAGCGCGCUCUGUCUCACAGUCUCACUCUCAGUGUCUCUCCCUCUCUCCAAUUCUCACUUUUCUCGCCGCCGAUUAUCCAAGCUAACACAGGUGGACAUUUCUCCGGCAGGUUCUUUUUUUUUUUUUUAAUGAUGUGGUUUCUGAUAGUGGAGAGAAUUACCACAAGCUGGCAAAUAACUGACGACUAAAGAAAAACGAAUGAGGCAAAAUCUAACCAACUCAGGUCAAGGUAACAAAUGUGAAGAGAAGCUCCCUAAAGUUAAUUGGUCCCAACAUGCCAAUGCACAUGAUAAUUUUUCAUCUGAGAAAAAGUUUUUGAGUUCAAAUUUUCUCUUUUCACUAGAAAGCCAGAAACCUCAAGGUUCUGCAGCUAUGAGGUUAACAUGCUGUCAAAUUCAGAGUUUGCAAAGAUUGCAGAAUCCAGAAAUUGAAAAGGCUUGGCGCACUCUUUCCAGUCUUCAGAUUUCUCGCAGGAACUACUUGCAGCCGGGGAAAACUGGUCCCUUUAAGGGUGCAAGGAAUGACUCGUUACAGGAUGUUGGACAACCUACUUUACAAAGCUUAUCUAACAGUAGGAAAUACUCUGAACGUAUGCAUGUACCUCAACACUUUGGUGAAUCCAGUGUGAGGAAUAAUGAAUCUGAAAGGAACACUGGCAAUGUUUUUCCACAAGAUAAUGCUAGAGCUGCUGAAGCUGGAAAUGAUACAGGGCAGCAAAGUGACAUUAAAGGAUCGGCAGCUAACAAUACUCAGUCUAAAGCAUAUGCUAGUUCAUUCAGCAAUCACAUUGUGCAUACUAACCAAAAUAAAGAAUCUACAGAAGCUCUGGCUGAUAUUGAUGAUGAUGAUCUACUUGGGAACAUUGAUGUGGACCAAAUAGUUAUGGAACAUUACCAGUCUACUUGCACCCCUCAACCAUCAGUUUCCAAGUUUCCACCCAUAACACCAACCGUAGAUAAAAAUAAUUUUGUGAGAUCAGAGGAGACAUUUUUGCCUCCUGAAUUGAGCCAAAACUGUAAUCAUGGAUGUAAGCUAGGACUUUGCCCAGAAGCUGCUAAUCAUUUACCAGAAAUGAAGGACGUGCUAAUUUCUGUGUCAAAUGAACUACUUGACAAUACUGCCAACCUGAGUCCAGUGCAGAUAGAGAAGCUUCGCCAGGAUAGGUUACAGCUGAAUAAGCAAAUUCAGCAGCUUGAGAGAUAUCUGCAUGAUAAGGAAAGGCAAAAGUCACAUUUUUCUACUUCCACAGCAACUCGGAAUUUCCAAUAUGAAACACCACAAUCUGCUGCUUGCAGAAUAGAUACCCCGAGAUUUAAUGCACAGGUUCAUCUUCAAAAUGAACCUGGUAGUUACGACAAUUGGAAUUUGCCAUCAGUUUCAUUCUCUUCUGUAAAUAGUUUUGGUGUAUCAUCUGGUCCUAUAGAGAGGGAGCCUUACAUUCCAAAGUUCAUUGAAGUUAACUAUAUUGAAGGUUCAAAUGAUCCAAAGUGGAGCAGUACAAAUUUCCCUUGGACAAAAAAGUUGGAGGCCUACAACAAGAAAGUGUUCGGAAAUCACUCAUUUCGGCCCAAUCAAAGAGAGGUCAUUAAUGCUACAAUGAGUGGGUUUGAUGUUUUUGUUUUAAUGCCAACUGGAGGUGGAAAGAGCCUGACAUACCAGCUGCCUGCUCUAAUUUGUCCAGGAAUAACCUUGGUAAUUUCACCUCUUGUGUCACUUAUUCAAGAUCAAAUAAUGCAUCUAUUGCAGGCAAAUAUAUCUGCUACUUACUUAAGUGCCAAUAUGGAGUGGACUGAGCAACAGGAGAUCUUAAGGGAACUCUGUUCUGAUUACUGUAAAUACAAGUUGUUAUAUGUCACACCAGAGAAAGUUGCCAAAAGUGAUGUUCUUUUACGACAUUUGGAUAGCUUAAAUGCUCGUGGCUUGCUUGCUAGGAUUGUUAUUGAUGAAGCUCAUUGUGUGAGUCAAUGGGGACAUGAUUUUAGACCGGACUACAAGGAACUCGGUAUCUUGAAAAAGAAAUUUGAGAAAACUCCUGUUUUAGCUUUAACAGCAACUGCAACAGCCAGUGUAAAGGAGGAUGUUGUACAAGCUCUUGGUCUUGUUAACUGCAUUGUUUUCCGGCAAAGUUUUAAUCGCCAAAAUCUAUGGUAUUCUGUCAUCCCCAAGACAAAGAAGUGUUUGGAUGAUAUUGACAAGUUCAUUAAAGAAAACCAUUUUGAUGAAUGUGGUAUUAUUUAUUGUCUUUCAAGAAUGGACUGUGAAAAGGUUGCUGAAAAAUUGCAGGAAUGUGGACAUAAAGCAGCGUUUUACCAUGGUAACAUGGAUUCUGCACAACGCGCCUUCAUUCAGAAGCAGUGGAGCAAAGAUGAAAUUAAUAUAAUUUGUGCUACAGUUGCAUUUGGAAUGGGUAUCAACAAACCAGAUGUCCGCUUUGUAAUUCAUCAUUCUCUCCCAAAAUCUAUUGAAGGUUACCACCAGGAGUGUGGUCGUGCUGGUCGAGAUGGUCAGCGCUCAUCUUGUGUGUUGUAUUACAGUUAUAGUGACUAUAUACGAGUCAAGCAUAUGAUUAUCCAAGGACAGAUGGAGCAAAAUCCCUGGACUCCUGGAUAUAAUCGUACUAAUAUGACAAAUUCAGAGAGGGUACUGGAGAAGAAUACUGAAAAUCUUCUGCGAAUGGUCAGUUACUGUGAAAAUGAUGUUGACUGUAGACGCCUCCUUCAACUUCUACAUUUUGGAGAAAAGUUUGAUUCUGGAAACUGCAAAAAAACAUGUGAUAAUUGUUCCAAGAUCAAAACUUUAGUGGAGAAGGAUGUCACUGAGAUCGCAAAGCAAUUGGUUGAACUGGUCAAGAUAACAGGGCAGCAGUUUUCUUCAUCUCAUAUUUUAGAAGUGUACAGGGGCUCCUUGAACCAACAUGUCAAGAGAUACAGACAUGAAACUUUGAGCCUGCAUGGGGCUGGAAAACAUCUGGCCAAGGGUGAAGCUUCCCGAAUAUUGCGUCAUCUUGUCACUGAAGAUUUUCUUGUGGAGGAUGUUAAGAAAAGUGAUAUUUAUGGAUCUGUUUCAUCAGUACUGAAGGUGAAUGAAUCCAAGGCCCACAAUCUAGGCUCCAGUCGGCAGACUAUCAUAUUAAGAUUUCCUUCAGCUGUAAAACCAUCUAAACAGAGCAAAUUUGAUGCGACUCCUGCAAAAAGCUCACUGACAUAUGGGAAGCAAAGUCCUUCACCUGUUGACACUCCUGCACAAGCAGCACAACCUCAAUCUGAAGUGGACUUGAAUCUAUCUGCCAAAUUAUAUUCUGCUUUAAGAAUGCUCCGAACUACCCUUGUUAAAGAAGCUGGGGAGGGGGUUAUGGCGUACCAUAUAUUUGGUAAUGCCACACUGCAGCACCUUUGCAAAAGAAUUCCCAGAACAAAAGAAGAACUGCUUGAGAUAAAUGGCAUUGGAAAGGCCAAGGUAAGUAAGUAUGGAGAUCGUUUGCUACAAACAAUUGAAUCUACAAUCAAGGAAUACUAUAAGACAGACAGGAAUAGCAGCGGUAGCAAUGACAGCACUGAUUCGAUAAAGAGGAGAAGAGAUGCAACUAGGGCACCAAAUGGGAAUGUGGAAGAGGAGGAUGACUUCACCAAAAGUACUGGUCGGUCAAAGAAAAGGGCAGCAAAGUUGCAUAACGCAGAUACGGAGGUUUAUAAUUGCAGGGAGACAGAUCACAACCAAUGCCUGGAUGAUGACCUAGAUUUUGAGGAUUCAUAUCAUGAUCAAGAAACUAAUGGCGCAGAAAUAGAGGCCGAAAAGAACGGUGCAGGACGAGUGCUUCCCUCAUGGUUAACACCAGGAAACAAGAUUAAAAGUUCAAACCAUAAUUUGUUUCAAGAAUAUGCCAUGAACAGCUAAGUUUCUUGAUGUAUGCUAACUUUAUUCUGCUUCUUCAAGAAAGAAUUCAAUCAAACCGUGAUUCAUUCUGUACAGUUUUGUAUCUCUGGUUCUUAUUAAAGGCAAACGCCUUUUAUAAGUAUCAUGUUACAGAGUUCUCAGUAAGUGCGACAUCUGGCUAAAAGCCUGCAGCUGGUAAAUAAUGUAUUCUGAAAGGUGAUUAAAUUUAUGGCACUUAUCGUCAGCAAGUUA